UGGAAAAUAAUACAUUUUUAUGAACCGUGAAAUUAUUAAUAAUUUUUAAAACAUUUUUGUGCAUUAAUUAAAAAAGAAAACAUUUCCCGACAUGGCUGAUGCCGCAGCUCGUCAACUUCAGUAUGAAUAUAAAGCGAAUUCCAAUCUUGUUUUGCAAGCGGAUGUGCGGCUUAUUGAACGCCCACGACGUGAUGAGGCCACUGGUGAGGUCGUGUCUCUUGUUGGUAAGCUAGAAGGCACCCGCAUGGGCGAUCGCUAUCAGCGUACAAAGCCAGAAAAAAUGGAAGAACGAAAAGCCAAACGCCAGAAGCGUGAUGAGGCUCAAUAUGAUUUUGAGCGUAUGAAGGGGGCCACUCUAUUAUCGGAAGGUAUAGACGAAAUGGUUGGUAUUGUGUACCGGCCUAAAACUCAAGAAACCCGUCAGACAUAUGAGGUACUUCUAAGUUUCAUACAGGAGGCAUUAGGCGAUCAACCGCGUGAUAUACUCUGUGGUGCAGCCGAUGAAAUUCUUGCGGUGUUAAAGAAUGAUAAACUAAAGGACCGCGAGCGAAAGCGUGAAAUCGACAGUUUGUUGGGUUCGGUGACCGAUGAAAGGUUUGCUUUGCUGGUGAAUCUAGGUAAAAAGAUCACUGAUUUUGGUUCUGAUGCCGUUAAUGCCUUAAGCAUUGCUGGCAAUGAAGAACAUAUAGACGAGACUUACGGUAUUAAUGUGCAGUUCGAAGAAUCAGAGGAAGAAAGUGACAAUGACAUGCAUGGCGAGAUACGCGAUGAAGAUGGUCAGGAAGAAGGAGAGGAAGCGCGGAUCGAUCACACGCUGCAUGCAGAAAAUUUACUUACCGAGGAGUCAGCCAAUGUCAAGAAAGAGCGAGGUCUGCAUCCACUGGAUAUUGAUGCAUAUUGGUUGCAACGUUGUCUUAGCAAAUAUUACAAGGACGCUAUGGUAUCACAGAGCAAAGCUGCGGAUGUUCUCAAAAUACUUAAGGAUGCGUCCGACGAGCGGGACUGUGAAAAUCAACUUGUACUCUUACUUGGCUACGACUGCUUCGAUUUCAUCAAACAGCUAAAAAAUAAUCGUCAAAUGAUUUUGUAUUGUACAAUGUUGGCUUCGGCGCAAACUGAUAGCGAACGUCAGCGAAUCAGAGAGAAGAUGCGUAAUGACAGCCAUUUAGCAAAAAUUCUGCGUCAACUGGACACUGGCAAGUCAGAGGAAGACGAUUAUGGCAACUCUUCACGUGCCAAUAAACGUUCCAAAGAGGAGAACGAUGAUGGCGGCCAAGGCAUGGCUGGUCAAGUUGCUGGGGUACGUCAAGUGCUCGAAUUAGAAGAGAUCGCUUUUACACAAGGCUCUCAUUUCAUGGCUAAUAAACGAUGCCAAUUGCCCGACGGCUCAUUCCGAAAACAGCGUAAGGGCUACGAAGAGGUGCAUGUACCCGCUUUGAAACAAGUACCAUUUGAGGAUAAAGAAGAACUGCAGCCUAUUGAUAAACUACCUAAAUACGUGCAACCAGUCUUUGACGGUUUCAAAACACUUAAUCGCAUUCAAAGCCGUCUGUGGAAAGCCGCACUGGACAGCGAUGAAAAUAUGUUGCUGUGUGCACCAACAGGUGCCGGUAAAACAAAUGUAGCUUUGCUUACAAUGAUGCGCGAAAUCGGCAAGCAUAUCAAUGAGGAUGGCACCAUCAAUGUUGAUGAGUUCAAAAUCAUCUACGUUGCGCCUAUGAAAUCCUUGGUACAAGAAAUGGUGGGUAACUUUGGUCGCCGAUUGGCCUGCUAUAAUUUGACUGUCUCGGAGUUGACCGGUGAUCAUCAACUCACGCGCGAACAAAUAGCCGCUACACAAGUCAUUGUUUGCACACCAGAAAAAUGGGACAUCAUCACACGUAAGGGUGGCGAAAAGACGUUUACCUCCCUUGUACGCCUGGUAAUUAUCGAUGAAAUCCACUUGUUGCAUGACGAGCGCGGUCCUGUACUUGAGGCACUUAUAGCUCGUACCAUCCGUAAUAUCGAGACGACACAGGAAGAUGUACGCUUGGUGGGCUUAUCUGCUACUUUGCCAAAUUACCAGGAUGUUGCUACCUUCUUGCGUGUUAAACCGGACAAGGGUCUAUUUUACUUCGACAAUAGUUUUCGUCCUGUCGCGCUGGAACAGCAAUAUAUUGGUGUUACUGAGAAGAAAGCAUUGAAACGCUUCCAAGUAAUGAAUGAAAUUGUCUACGAGAAGACUAUGGAGCAUGCUGGUCGCAAUCAGGUUCUCGUUUUCGUUCACUCUCGGAAAGAAACUGGUAAGACUGCUCGUGCGGUGCGUGAUAUGUGCCUUGAGAAGGACACGCUUGGUAGUUUUCUUCGCGAAGGAUCGGCUAGCAUGGAAGUGCUGCGUACCGAGGCGGAGCAAGUAAAGAAUACAGAAUUGAAAGAGCUUUUGCCGUAUGGAUUUGCCAUUCAUCAUGCUGGAAUGACACGCGUUGAUCGAACUUUGGUAGAGGAUCUUUUCGCCGAUCGUCACAUACAGGUUCUAGUGUCCACAGCUACUCUAGCUUGGGGUGUUAACUUGCCAGCGCACACCGUUAUAAUAAAGGGCACCCAAGUUUACAACCCUGAAAAAGGCCGUUGGGUCGAAUUGAGCGCAUUGGAUGUGCUCCAAAUGUUGGGUCGUGCCGGUCGUCCACAAUACGAUACCAAAGGUGAGGGCAUCCUCAUCACAAACCAUAGCGAAUUGCAGUUCUAUCUCUCGUUGCUGAACCAACAGCUCCCUAUCGAAUCACAGUUUAUAUCCAAAAUGCCCGACAUGUUGAAUGCCGAAAUCGUACUGGGCACUGUACAGAACUUAAAGGACGCGGUACAUUGGCUCGGUUAUACUUAUCUCUAUAUACGUAUGCUGCGCAAUCCCACACUAUAUGGUAUUUCUCAUGACGCCAUACGGGAUGAUUCACUGCUGGAGCAACAUCGCGCCGAUCUUAUACACACUGCAGCCCUUCAUUUGGAUCGUAGCGGGCUGAUUAAGUACGAUCGCAAGAGUGGGCAGUUCCAGGUAACCGAGUUGGGUCGUAUAGCUUCGCAUUACUAUUGCACGCAUGAGACGAUGAUGACCUAUAAUCAGCUGUUGAAGCAGACUCUUAGCGAGAUCGAGCUCUUCCGCGUUUUCUCACUCUCUUCUGAAUUCAAACACAUAGCCGUUCGCGAAGAGGAAAAGUUGGAACUGCAGAAGCUCAUGGAACGUGUUCCCAUACCCAUCAAAGAAUCGAUGGAGGAACACAGCGCCAAGGUGAAUGUUUUGCUCCAAGCAUAUAUUUCACAAUUAAAGCUCGAAGGUUUCGCUCUUAUGUCCGACAUGGUGUUCAUUACGCAAUCAGCGUCCCGUUUAAUGCGCGCUAUCUUCGAAAUCGUACUCUACCGUGGCUGGGCCCAGUUGGCCGACAAAACGCUGACGCUUUGCAAAAUGAUCGAUCGGCGUAUGUGGCAAUCUAUGACACCCCUACGCCAAUUCAAGAAAAUGCCGGAUGAGAUUGCUAAGAAAUUAGAGAAGAAGAACUUUCCUUGGGAACGCCUGUAUGAUUUAGAGCCCAAUGAGAUCGGUGAGUUGAUACGCGUACCGAAGUUGGGUAAGACUAUACACAAAUUCGUGCACCAAUUCCCGAAACUGGAGCUUUCAACUCAUAUACAACCGAUUACGCGUGCCACUUUGCGUGUUGAGCUCACAAUCACGCCGGACUUUCAAUGGGACGAGAAGGUGCAUGGCCUCUCUGAAGGCUUCUGGAUACUCAUCGAAGAUGUUGACUCGGAGGUGAUCUUACACCACGAAUUCUUUUUGUUGAAGGAGAAAUACUCGCAGGAUGAACAUCAAAUAAAGUUUUUCGUGCCCGUCUUCGAACCGCUUCCGCCACAAUAUUUCUUACGCAUCGUCUCUGAUCGCUGGAUCGGUUCGGAGACACAGUUACCAGUCUCCUUCAGGCAUUUGAUAUUGCCAGAGAAAAAUAUGCCACCCACAGAGCUGCUUGAUUUACAGCCCUUACCCAUCUCCGCGCUGCGUAAACCCAAAUUUGAGGAAUUUUAUGUCGAACGUUUCCCACAGUUCAAUCCCAUACAGACCCAGGUCUUUAAUGCGGUCUACAAUAGUGAUGACAAUGUGUUUGUGGGGGCCCCCACAGGAUCCGGCAAAAUGACCAUCGCGGAGUUCGCUAUUAUGCGUCUCUUCUCACAGCAAGCAGAGGGCCGCUGUGUCUAUUUAGUCUCCAAAGAAGCGCUCGCCGAUCUUGUAUUCGCCGAUUGGCACGCAAAGUUCGGUGGUCUUUCACUCAAAGUCGUGAAAUUGACAGGCGAAACCGGCACUGAUCUGAAACUUCUAGCCAAGGGUCAGAUUAUUGUUACUACCGCUGACAAAUGGGAUGUACUCUCGCGUCGUUGGAAACAACGUAAAAACGUGCAGGCUAUUAAUCUUUUCAUUGUCGAUGAGCUCCAAUUGGUAGGUGGAGAAGACGGUCCUGUGUUGGAGGUGGUUUGCUCGCGUAUGCGCUACAUCUCGUCUCAAAUUGAAAAACAGAUUCGCAUAGUGGCUCUAUCGUCUUCUUUGGCCGAUGCGCGUGAUGUCGCACAAUGGCUCGGCUGCAAUGCCAACGCUACAUUUAAUUUCCACCCGAGCGUACGUCCGAUUCCUCUCGAGUUGCACAUUCAAGGUUACAGCAUUACACACAAUGCCACACGUAUUGCCUCCAUGUCGAAGCCUGUUUAUAACGCAAUCAUUAAGUACAGUCCACACAAGCCCGUAAUCGUGUUUGUAUCUUCUCGCAAGCAGGCGCGUCUCACCGCUAUCGACAUAUUAACGUACAGCGCAUCAGAUAUGCAGCCCAAUCGCUUUUUCCAUGCCGAGGAGGAGGACAUCAAACCCUUCCUUGACCGCAUGUCGGACAAGACUUUAAAAGAAACCCUAUCGCAAGGCGUGGCCUACAUCCAUGAGGGCCUCACCGCCUCCGAUCAUCGCCUCGUCGAGCAGUUAUUCGAUUCCGGAGCGGUACAGGUGGCCGUAGUGGCGCGAGAUCUCUGCUGGGGUAUGAGCAUUUCAGCACAUUUGGUUAUCAUUAUGGACACACAAUUCUACAAUGGUAAAAAUCACUCGUACGAAGAUUACCCCAUAACUGAUGUCCUGCAAAUGAUCGGACGUGCUAAUCGUCCAAUUGAGGACGCGGAUGCUAAAUGUGUACUAAUGUGUCAGUCGUCUAAAAAGGACUUCUUUAAGAAGUUCAUAAAUGAGCCUUUGCCCAUAGAAAGUCACUUGGAUCAUCGCCUACACGAUCACUUCAAUGUGGAAGUGGUCACAAAGACCAUAGAGAACAAACAGGAUGCGGUUGAUUAUUUAACUUGGACAUUCUUAUACAGGCGGCUGACGCAGAAUCCGAACUACUACAACUUGCAGGGCGUCACACAUCGCCACCUCUCCGACCACUUGUCCGAGCUAGUCGAAAACACGCUAUCCGAUUUGGAGCAAUCGAAGUGCAUCAGCAUUGAAGAUGACAUGGAUACGCUUCCCUUAAACUUGGGCAUGAUUGCUGCUUAUUAUUAUAUUAAUUACACAACAAUUGAACUCUUCAGUUUGUCGUUGAACAGCAAAACUAAAGUUCGAGGCUUGCUCGAGAUCAUAUCGUCGGCAGCAGAAUAUGAAGACAUUGUGGUGCGCCAUCACGAAGAAAACAUUUUACGCACACUUUCGCAACGUUUACCGAACAAAUUGACCGGUCCCAAUGACACGGCGCCAAAAUUCAAUGAUCCACACAUCAAGACAAAUUUACUACUGCAAGCGCAUCUAUCGCGUCUUCAGUUGGGGCCGGAAUUACAGGGUGACACAGAAUUGAUUUUAGGUAAAGCUAUACGUCUCAUUCAAGCCUGUGUCGAUGUGCUGAGUUCGAAUGGCUGGCUCUCGCCAGCUGUAGCUGCUAUGGAGUUGGCGCAGAUGGUGACACAGGCUAUGUGGAGCAAGGACUCGUACCUAAAACAGUUGCCACACUUCACAGCCGAAAUAAUCAAGCGUUGCACAGAGAAGAAAAUCGAAACAGUUUUCGAUAUCAUGGAGCUGGAGGAUGAUGAUCGCACACGUCUCUUGCAAUUAACCGACGCACAAAUGGCCGACGUGGCACGUUUCUGUAACCGUUACCCAAAUAUCGAAAUGAACUUUGAAGUGUUGGACAAGGAUCGGAUCAAUUCCGGGUCGACAGUGAAUGUCGUUGUGCAGUUGGAGCGUGAAGAUGAAGUCACCGGGCCAGUUAUAGCGCCGUUCUUCCCACAGAAACGCGAAGAAGGUUGGUGGGUCGUUAUUGGUGAUCCAAAAACUAAUUCUCUACUUUCAAUCAAACGUCUGACGCUACAGCAGAAAGCUAAAAUAAAAUUGGACUUUGUAGCGCCCAGCCCUGGCCGACAUGAAUACACGCUGUACUAUAUGAGCGACUCGUAUUUGGGCUGCGAUCAGGAGUACAAAUUCUCCAUUGAAGUGGGUGACUUCCAGUCGGAGAGCGAAAGUGAAUCGGAUUAAAUUAAUCAUUCACAAUAGGAAACGAAAAUUAUCUAAUACAUGAAUUUUUUAAACUUACCUUAGCGUCCGUGUAUUUCAGCAUAAAUUUGCAUUUUGAUGUGUAAGCGUGUUGGCAAUAAACGAAAGAAAAACAAACAA